GUAACUGGAGCCACCAGUACAGGUGGGAAGACCUCUCCCCUGAACCUGUGGAGACAUUCCUCCGGAGGGACAGGCUGCACAACUCCCAGCCACAAUCAUGACUGCUCUCAGCUCCUUUGGUCUAGCCGUCCGGAUAGCCGUGAUCGCUGCAGUCUCUGCAAUAGAGGUAUAUACUUCAAAGGAGCUGCAGGUUAAGAAUGGGACAGAUACCCGCCUGAAGUGUACUUUCAGCUCUUAUGCACCACUGGGCGAUGACGUGACUGUGGCCUGGACCUUCCAACCUCUUUCGGGGGGCAGUAGCGAGUCUGUCUUCUACUUCCAUAGGGAGCCCUUUCCUACUACUAAGGGCCGUUUCCAAAAUCGAGCAGUCUGGGAUGGGAACAUUAAACGCAACGAUGGAUCUAUAAUCAUCAGGAAUAUUCAGCAAACGGACAAUGGGACCUACUUUUGCCAGGUUAAGAAUCCACCAGAUGCUCAUGGAGAAACUGGAGAGAUUAUGGUGAGCGUUGUUGACCAAGUGAAGUUCUCAGAGAUCCUGCUGCUGGGGCUGGUCAUUGGCAUCGGCAGUGUGGUGAUAAUUCUCAUGGUAAUAACCGUGGUAUUGAUUCGCUAUUAUCGCAAGCAGAGGACUCACAGCACGGCCGUGUCGCUGAUGGAAUGUACAGAAAAGUUAAAUGACAAAUCGUGUGAUAAGACUGUGAAUGCAUGACUCCAGGAGAAGACAUCCCUAAGAAAUUCAGAUGCCUCUUCUUAACCAUGUCCUACUGCCUAUGAAAUCUGUGAUGCCUGGCAGAUUAUCAGAAGAAGCUUCCAUUACUGGCAAAUUAUCAAGUUUUGUACUCUUGAAGACAUCCUUCAAAUGUCCUGCUGCAUUUUCUAGAAUCUCAUCAUCCCCAGUUCAGCUACAUUAUUAGCAUUGAUGGUGGUUAGCUAAGGGCCCAGAUAUGGUUUAGGGCCCACUUAUGUCAUCUGUGUUCCUCAGUAUAUUCUUGCCAAAAACAGAAAUUCAUCCUGGUGGACUGAAGAAGGAAAACAUUUCCAUGAGGACUUCCCUCUUUUCGGUUUUUGGCAAAAAUAUAUGGCACCCAGGUUACAAAUAUGGCUGUGUAGAUGAAUGAAUAUGUAGUUUACUAGAAUGGGGCAUUGCUUGUAUAUAAGUGGUUAGAGGCUAUGCUUGUACUGAAAGGAAAUGUAAAGAAAUUUAGAUUUUAUGAACUCCAACAGAUUUAUAAAAAAAAAAAACAGCACACAAGGCAUAAGUUUGGCCAUGUUAGACACCAUUGUCUUCUCUACGCCGUCUUAUGACUGGCAUGAUGUAUACAAAAAAAUGGUACAUGUCGUUAAUAUAUUUGGCACAUUUUAUGACGCCUCUUGGCGCCGCCAAAUUUUCUUGACACAUUUUGAAGCCGUGUCAUUCAUAAAAAGUGUCAAACACAUAAUUCACUUUACACGUGCCAUGUACUCUGUCAUACUUCCCCUCCCACAAGGAGCUAUGUAUUUUUAAUGUCUAGUUGCGCGUUUUUGUUUGUUCAAAAUUUUAAUCAUUUCAUGGAUUUUACUAUUGUUUUGUUGUACAAAACUGCCCUCGGUAAUUCAUAUGGAAGGACGUUCUUAGUCUUUGCUUUUUAAGAUGAAAUAUAGUAAGUUAGUAAGUGUGUGCAAAGUAUUCACAGUGUUUAGAAGUGUGCUGUCGAUUCUAUCUUUCAUAUGCAACAGAACAGUCUGCCAUUUGCGAGAAUUGCAUAGACUCUACAGCAACAAAAUUUAAUUGUUAAUGAGAACUAUUUAGAAAAUUUGGUUAAUUUUGCAUUAAUGAACAACGAAGAAAAAAAAAA